UUUACCCCCUCAACAGUGUAAGUUUAGGCUCCACUCCUGCGCCCUCUUGUGGUUCCUAACAGUAACACACGCCGGCUGUAGUUUCCGGUAGUAUGGCGUCUGUAUCCCUAAAUGCACCCAUUGCCUCUCCUUAGUUUCUCCAAGGAGGUGCUGAGAGCCAGUGUGGUUCCUUCCAUGUGGCUUGAGGGACUAUGCUGCUGCUGGUAGCUCUGUGCCUGGUCUGCACUUACAAAACCAUCUCCGCCACAGACAGCGGACAGGACAGCAGCCGCACACCACAGCUGGACUACAGCAGCCUGGCACUGCCUCAGCAGCAUAUUCCUUUCUUUCUGCACAGCAACAAACGACUGGCCAAACUAUGCAAGGAGGACCCGCUUUGCCCUUUUAAAGAUGCUCUGCUGCUCCAGAAAGCUUGCUGGGGGUAUGAAAAGAGCUGCUCCCCUGAGCACAGGUUCAGCUAUCCUGUGUGCACCAGUUUUGACUCGGGAUGGGCAGACUCUAUUCAGGCUGCCCAGGAACUGUUCUGGAAGCAGGCAGAUUUUGGCUAUGUGAGGGAGCGUCUCAGUGAGAUGAAGACUUUGUGCAAGCCUUUGAGUCCUGGUGAUUCCUCUCUGAAGUGCACCAGUCAUAUGCGGUUCUGUAGGGCCAUAAACCUGUAUCUGUACCUGAGGAGACCCCGCAGAGGUCAUGAGAGGUAUAAAGAGGAUUUCCUGGAACAGGGGGAGAUCGGUGGUCACUGCAGCCUUAAUAGUAAAGCACUAGCUGCAGAAGGGACGCACAAGAGUCCUCUUCAGUCUUGGUUUGCUGAACUGCAGAUGUACUCAGAGCUUGACUUCCAUCCCAUGGAUGACGGCCAUUGUGAUGUUAUAAUCGACAGACCAACCAUCUUCAUGAAGCUGGACGCAGGAGUGAACAUGUACCAUCAUUUCUGUGACUUUGUCAACCUCUACAUCUCUCAACACCUCAACAAUUCCUUCAGCCGUGACAUAAACAUUGUCACGUGGGACACAAGUUUGUAUGGAUAUGGAGACCUGUUCAGUGAAACAUGGCGGGCUUUUACCGAUGAUGACAUCAUUCACCUCAAAACCUUUGACUCCAAAAGGGUGUGUUUCAGAGAUGUGGUUUUCUCUCUCCUUCCAAGAAUGCGAUACGGCCUUUUCUACAACACUCCUCUUAUCUCUGAUUGCCAGAGCGAAGGGCUGUUCAAGGCGUUUUCCCAGCAUGUCCUGUAUCGACUUGGUGUCCCACAAGAAGGACCGAAGGAGGGCCGAGUCCGUGUCACACUGUUGGCAAGAAGCACUGAGUUCCGUAGGAUAAUAAACCAGCAGGAGCUUAUCAAUGCCCUGAAGACUGUGCUUUUAUUCGAGGUCAAGCUGGUGGAUUACAAAUACAAAGAGAUGCCGUUUCUGGAGCAGAUCCGUGUCACACACAACUCUGAUAUCUUCAUUGGGAUGCAUGGAGCCGGACUGACCCACCUCCUCUUUCUCCCCGACUGGGCCGUCAUAUUUGAAUUGUACAACUGUCAAGAUGAGAGCUGCUACCGUGAUCUGGCCCGACUGAGGGGAGUCCAUUACAUGACUUGGCAGAAAAGGGACAAAGUGUUCCCCCAGGAUAAGGGUCACCACCCUACUCUUGGGGAACAUCCUAAGUUUACAAACUACACAUUUGAUGUUGAGGAGUUCAUGCGGUUAGUCCUUCUAGCGGCUGAAUAUGUGACCCGGCAUCCGGAGUGGCGCGCAAAACAGGCUCGAGAUGAACUGUAGCCUGUAAGACACGGUGGAAUAUGUGCUGUUACCGAUCCUCUAGCUGUCUCGUUUUGCACAUGGAGGUGUUGUGUACUUUAACAAACAACUUCGACAUAUUGUUGAUGUAUUUUGUGGGUCUUAAUAUACCUCUCCUCAAGUAUAUGUGGGCUUUUUAAAGAGACUUUUGAACCUGAUUUGUGUGCUGCUUUGUAAUGGCAAAGGUUCUAGGUCAGUAGAUUAUUAGAAGGUAGUAAGAUGUCUUUAAACAGCUAAUGAGGCUACAUCUAAGGAUAAUACAUCAGCUUCAUAUUUAUUACAGUGUUUGUUACUUUUUGAUUUGUGUUCAGGGUAAAUAUUGAUCUUGAAAAUGUUAAACAAUGUAAAGGGAUUCAUGGUUCCAGUCCUGUUGCACAAGAUGAGAUGCUGGUUCAGUAUUACUCCAUUUUAUAAAGUGUUUUUAAUCAGUGUUAAGAUCCUCAGACCCGUCAAAAACUGGCGAAACAGUAACAAAUGUUGCUGAAUUUUUAGUGCAGGAUUGAGUUGAAAGAGGUUUUGAAAAUAUCUGUUUUGUAUUGAAUGGAAUUUUAAACUGAAAUGAAGUUCUGUAUGUGACUUCUACAUCGUUGUCAUACAUUGACAAAAAAAAAAAAAAAAACUUUAUUUAUUAAUCACUUAAUGUAGGCUUUAUCAUAAUGGUAAAGAAUAAAGAAUGGCUUUCAGUGA